CACACUGAAACCAUAGACUUAAAAACGCCGUUAGAAAGUAGAAACGGCGUUUCUGUGAACUGGAAGAGCUUGUUUAUGCCGGACAAGUUUGCCAAUUGGGAUCCUUGAAAUUCAGUUGAACUCAAAUCUGAAAGUGAAAGUGAGAUUGAGAUUGAGUGAGAAACGAUGAGCUCAACGCCAGGAACGCACUCGCUGGCCUUUAGAGUGAUGAGGCUAUGCAGGCCAUCUUUACACGUGGAACCUCCACUUCGUUUGGACCCCGCCGAUCUCUUCGUCGGCGAGGACAUUUUCGACGAUCCAAUCGCCGCCUUCAAUCUCCCUCCUCUCUUAUCUAGCCACGUGGACUCCACCAACAACUCCUCCGAUCUCAGCUACCGCUCCAGAUUCCUCCUCCACGACCCUUCCGAUUCUAUUGGCCUCUCCGGCCUCCUGGUCCUCCCCCAAGCCUUCGGGGCGAUUUAUUUGGGAGAGACAUUCUGCAGCUAUAUUAGUAUUAACAACAGUUCAACAUUUGAAGUUAGAGACGUUAUUAUUAAGGCAGAAAUUCAAACGGACAGGCAGAGGAUUCUCCUCUUGGAUACAUCAAAAUCACCUGUUGAAUCAAUACGUGCAGGAGGACGAUAUGAUUUCAUUGUAGAACAUGAUGUCAAAGAACUUGGACCUCACACGCUGGUGUGCACCGCAUUGUAUGGUGAUGGGGAUGGAGAGCGAAAAUAUCUUCCACAAUUUUUCAAGUUCAUUGUUGCAAAUCCACUUUCUGUUCGGACGAAGGUCCGCAUUGUUAAGGAAAUGACAUAUUUGGAGGCUUGCAUUGAAAAUCAUACGAAAUCAAACCUUUACAUGGACCAAGUUGAGUUUGAGCCAGCUCAGCAUUGGAGUGCAACAAUGCUGAAAGCUGAUGAACCUGAUUCCAACAAUAAUUCUCAAAGUAGAGAGGUAUUUAAGCCACCAGUGCUGAUCAGAUCUGGUGGAGGAAUUCACAACUAUCUUUAUCGGUUAAGAAUGAUUUCCAAUGACUCUACACCUGUGAAAGUUCAAGGAAGUAAUGUUCUCGGAAAAUUUCAAAUAACAUGGCGUACAAAUUUGGGCGAACCUGGUCGCCUACAGACACAGCAAAUUCUUGGCACUCCUAUCACAAGCAAGGAGAUUGAGUUGAAUGUUGUGGAGAUUCCAUCUGUUGUCAGUGUAGAUAAACCUUUCUCGUUACACUUGAAGCUUUCAAACCAGAUGGAUAGGGAACAAGGCCCCUUUGAGGUUUGGUUGUCACAAAGUGAUUCACAUGAGGAGAAAGUUGUUAUGAUUAAUGGGCUGCAGAUAACGGUCUUACCUCGGCUGGAGGCUUUUGGUUCUGCAGAUUUUCACUUGAAUCUGAUUGCUACUAAACUUGGAGUUCAAAGAAUCACAGGUAUUACCUUGUACGACAAAAUAGAGAAAAAAGCCUAUGACCCAUUGCCUGAUUUGGAGAUAUUCGUGGAUCUCGAUUGAUAUACUGGAUUGUUUCAAUCAGUUGAGUUUGCAUAAGCUGAAUUAACAUCAUUUGUGUUUGGGGGGACUUCUGUCAACUCGGUAAUGUCACAGCGGGCAUCACCAUAAUUCAUCAGAGAGUACUAGUGAAUCAGAUACUGAGCCCCAUAAGGUCCAAUUCAUCUUUAGCUCGUUGAAUGUUGACAGCUAAUAGUCAUCAGCAAGCAUGACAUGAUGCUGUACUUUAACAUGAAGUCCACUCCCACAAGACAGGUUCAUUUCUUUAUGAUAUUCCUUAUGGUUUUGAUUAUUCAAGGAUAAAAUGCGAAGUUCAAAUGUUGCCCCCGUUUGAGAUUAUCAUUUAUACUAGUUGUUUCCGUACAUCUUAGAUGUAAACAAGUUUUGUAAGUUAAUUAGACAAGCUCCAGUGUAUUUUUUAUACUUUGAAGGAAAAAUCCAUGUAUCGCGAGAAUAAUUGUUACAUAAAAUAAUUCUACUGAAUUUUUCAUUAUUUUGUGAACCA